UUAGAAAUAUGAUAUAAGUAUUCGUAUUAGCAUUUACGUGAAACACGAAUGCAUUUCACUGUAACAUCUUUUCAUAAGAAAACUAAGUAACUUUAUGUACGCGUACUAUUGUAUUUUAAGUUUCUUGCUCCUGUUGCUGUUUGUAUUUUGCUCGCUUUCAAUGGACCAAUAAGAAUCGUGCCUUUUCGCACGAAUGAAGUUUGGCGCGCAACCUUUUAGAAUCCCCGGUGUAAUGUUUCCGUAAAAUAUUCCCGAAAUUUGUUGAUAACUUGUUAAUCUCCGCUUAUUUAUUCGGUAUGGAACUGAUAGAAGAAUAUCAGGAACUUAUCGAACGUGAUGCAACUGAAAUUUCUUGGUUAUUCAAAUUCUUGCCAGCAUUCUGUUACAUUACAAGCGCGGUCACUGGAUACAUUUGCAGCAUAUUAUUCUACGUAAAAUGGGUAUUCAAUAUAUUUCGUUUCUGUAUCUUCAAACAUCACGCCUUCGACGAUAACUGUCCACUUUGGGCAAAUUCCGUCCUUAUGAUCCCUAUGGAAUCAGAUUGGAAUCAGAUAGUUGAUGAGGACAGCAUGAAUUUGAUUAAUACAAAUUGGAUGGAUCAAAUUGUGAUCCAUUAUGAUUACAACUAUAUAUGUAAAAUAUAUUUUAUAACUUGUUUCUUGUCCUGCAUAUUCGGGAUUAUAUGGUCCAUUAUGUUUUUAAUAUGUGGAAAAGGUGGAUAUGAUGUAUCAUCAAUAUAUGAGGUUCCAUGGAGUAUUGUAUUUCCUGCAACAAUUUUUAAUAUGAUAUUUGCAUUAAUUACAACAUAUGCUGUUAUAAAUCUGGCAGAAGGAUAUUUCAUAUUCAGCCAGAGCUUAAAAAGUGUUUACACUGCAAUAAGCAUUACUGAUAAAAUACCGAAACUUAUAAGUGAAUGUGAAAUUAUACAAAAAUAUUUACAACAUAACAUCCGUGACUAUGAUCUAUGUAAAUUAUUCUCUUGGCUGCAGGUUACAUCUCGUAGAACUUAUAAUAAUUUAAUACUAAAAUAUAAUCCGAUAUUAAUAUAUGUAUUAUGUAUCUUUAAGGUUCUUUCAUACAUAAUGAUGUGGAGUUGGUUAGGGGGAUUGGCGAUAUUAAUUUUUAGAAUAGUAAGGGUUAUACUGUUAUGUAGAUUGAAUAUUCCUAUAUUAGGCAAGAGAAUAAGUUGUACAUAA